ACGUCGACGCUCCCGUACGUCACUCGGCGCAGGUCCGUCGCAGACUAUUGGUGGCGUCUAAUUGCUCACCACCGUUGGGUGCUGGGCGGUUGUUAUAUCUACUCCAGAUCGUCGUUCGUCCAGACCGCGGAAGCUUGGAUCCCUCCGAACCAUGAAUUGUCACAGCAUCCCGGCGUAAAACAUACAUUGGAUCCUUCGAGUCGACGAAUUACACGACGUGUUGUCACUAUCAUUUUGCUACUUCUCUUGGAUUACACCAAAAGACUGUCAGAGACGACCAGCUUCCGAAACCAUGAGACCGUCGUCUUCAAAGAGAGGCGACAAGCGGCCUUCGAGAACAGGCCAGAGCCUCUUCGUCGCGCUGGCCAUAUCCUCGCAGCUACCCACAGCCAACGCAAUCGUGUUCCCCAGCUAUCAUCCCAACUACAAGACCGACUACCUUCAACUAAACAAGCGGUACAACCCCGCCAGACGAGGCCCGCCCGAGGACUGGAAUGGGAGAAUCCCCUUGAAGGUCACCAACUCGUGUCCUAACACGAUAUGGCCCGGCAUCACGACGCAGCAUGGCGUCGGCCCCGGCAUUGGUGGUUUCGAGCUCGCCUCGGGUGACAGUCGAGAUAUGUGGGUUGGGCCAACAUGGCAAGGCCGCGCUUGGGGAAGAACCAACUGUACCGUCAAUGGAGAGUCGGCAGGCUGUGAGACGGGUGAUUGCUUUGGAAAGCUAGACUGUGAAUUCAGUGGUGCUGUUCCCGCAACUCUCGCCGAGUUCAACUUGGCCGGUGGUGUGUCUGGGCGCCAAACAUUUUACGAUAUCUCCCUUGUCGACGGCUACAACAUCCCUGUGGGCAUCAACUACAUUCCCGCCGAGAACACAACUUACAUCCCGCCAAACCUGACCAACUGCGCCUGUAUCGCCACGACAGGCUUCCUCUCACAACGCGCGGCAAGCGGCACCGUCUACACCAACAGCACUUACCCCGUGCCUUGGGAGCCAACUGAAUCCAACGAGAGUUCCAAAGACUGGUGCCCAUGGCCUCUGCUUUCCAACCCGCCAGACAAGCCUGGUGAUGGUGUCUACCCGUACCCUGACGACAACAUCCAACGUCCGACCUUCAGUCCGUGCAAGAGCCAAUGUGCGGCCACGAAUAAGGAUUCCGACUGCUGUAUAGGGAAAUGGCAUGACCCCAAUAAGUGCAAGCCGGGCUUGUACUCCAGACACGCCAAGUCCCUGUGUCCUGAUGCGUAUAGCUUCGCCUUUGACGACCAAACAUCGACCUUCAUCAUCCCAUCGGGCGGCGGCUGGGAGGUUGUAUUUUGUCCCGCUGGAAGGAGCACUAACAUUCUCCGCACCAUGGGACCGCAGCUGUUUGAGCUAGCGAGCGCCGGCUUCUUGAGUCAGAAAAACCUGGAUCUGGUUAAGAAUCAAUCCUACAUAGAGUCUGAGAGCGAAAAGAACGCUGCUCCAGGCCUGGCUUCUUCGUCUCUGUGGGCGAUCUGCGCGGCGGCCACAACCGCUGCCAUGCUGUUGGGCUGGUAGAUGCCUUUGAGCUGUUUGCAUUUGCCUUCUCUGGAAUAAGCACGACGGGCUGGACCCACGCAAUCAGACGUGCUUCUUUGCAACUUUGGAUUUUGGCAUUGGGAUACCCUGGAAUGAUUGUACGAGGCAUGGAUGAUAGAUGCAUGGCGCAGAAGGACGGCGAUACAGUGGCUCAACGGUGUGAGCUAGAAGACGGCAUAGCCGCAACCUUCCUUUCGAGUACCUAGAAAGCUUAUACCCAUGAUAAAUACAAUACACUUCAUACUUUG